GAGUGACUACACUGGACAGGAGGAUGAUUCGUGUCCCAGAGAGGACAGUGAGAGACUUCAUUAUGCUGCUGAACACUGUAAUGCCAAAAAGAAAGAGUAUUGCUGCAAUUUUCCAUUCAUGUUUUCAGACCAAAGUUGAUCAGUGGUAACUAAGCUUGCGUAACAACACCAAAGACAUGGUGAAACUACUGUAUUGACUAAACGGGUGCUUGCUUAAGAGACUUUUCUUUUGAUGAUAGUCACCUAUCAACUGUGACCUAAUUUCAGUCACCCUCCACGUGGUCAAGGAAAGAGAUGUGUAAACGAUGGGGUUAUUUCACUCUCUCCAACUGUCUCACAUGUCCAGACAUGAGAACCUGAGAUUGAGCCAAGCCAGUCUUCCAAGAGCAGUAGACCACUCAGUGUCGGGGGAGGGGAACAGUGAUGCCAGCCAAUCAGAAGCACAGCCAGUGCGCGUGAAACAAUGAACUUCUGAUGAGGGUGUGGCCUGGAAAACGGCUUUUUGACAAAACUGUCAUUUGAUGGGUCAGGUAUGGACAGACAUGGCACUUCUGCUGUCUUCAGAAUAAUAACACCAGACCCCUUUCCUGUUCUCUGCAUUCCUGAAAGAUCUAGUCCCUAAUCUAGGCUCAAGCUUCUCCGCAGUCUUGGAGAACAGAGAUGACCAAAGUUCAGUUUCCAGCUUCCAACUGCCUGCAAGUCCAGCUCCAGAGGAUCUGACACACUUUUCUGGCCUCCAUGCAACACAUGUUGCACAAAAACAGACACAUACACACACAGAGAAGACCUACUUGGGGAGACAGCUUCCUGGUGCUGAAAAAUCCUGACCAUUGUCCUUGAACAUGAGUGCUCGAAGGCAGGAAUUACAAGACAGGGCAAUCGUCAAGAUAGCUGCUCACUUACCAGACCUCAUCGUCUACGGAGAUUUCUCUCCGGAACGGCCGUCAGUGAAAUGUUUUGAUGGAGUUCUGAUGUUUGUUGACAUUUCAGGUUUUACUGCAAUGACUGAGAAGUUCAGCACGGCCAUGUACAUGGACCGAGGAGCCGAACAGCUCGUGGAGAUCCUCAACUACUACAUAAGUGCCAUAGUGGAGAAAGUGCUGAUUUUUGGAGGAGACAUCCUAAAAUUUGCAGGUGAUGCCUUGCUGGCCCUGUGGAAAGUGGAACGAAAGCAACUGAAGAACAUCAUCACGGUGGUGAUUAAGUGCAGCCUGGAGAUCCAUGGCUUGUUUGAAGCCAAGGAGGCUGAAGAAGGCCUGGACAUUCGAGUUAAGAUCGGGCUGGCUGCUGGCCACAUCACCAUGUUGGUCUUUGGGGAUGAAACACGGAACUACUUCCUGGUGAUUGGCCAGGCGGUGGAUGAUGUCCGCCUUGCUCAGAACAUGGCUCAGAUGAACGACGUUAUUUUGUCACCAAACUGCUGGCAGCUCUGUGAUCGGAGCAUGAUUGAAAUUGAGAGGAUUCCAGAUCAGAGAGCAGUUAAGGUUAGCUUCUUAAAACCACCCCCAACUUUUAAUUUUGACGAGUUUUUCACAAAAUGUAUGGGCUUCAUGGAUUAUUAUCCUUCUGGUGACCACAAAAACUUCCUAAGGCUUGCCUGCAUGCUGGAGUCUGAUCCUGAACUCGAGCUGUCUCUACAAAAGUACGUGAUGGAAAUCAUUUUGAAGCAGAUCGAUGACAAGCAGCUUCGGGGCUAUUUAUCUGAGCUUCGCCCUGUGACAAUUGUGUUUGUGAACUUGAUGUUUAAAGAGCAAGACAAAGUAGAAGUCAUAGGCUCAGCCAUCCAAGCUGCCUGUGUACACAUCACUUCUGUCUUGAAGGUCUUCCGAGGCCAAAUCAAUAAGGUCUUCAUGUUUGAUAAGGGCUGCUCCUUCCUCUGUGUCUUUGGUUUCCCUGGGGAAAAGGCUCCUGAUGAGAUCACUCAUGCUCUGGAAAGUGCCGUGGAUAUAUUCGACUUCUGCUCCCAGGUCCACAAAAUCCGCACUGUCUCCAUCGGUGUUGCCAGUGGGAUUGUCUUCUGUGGGAUCGUUGGACACACUGUGAGACAUGAGUACACAGUCAUCGGUCAGAAGGUUAACAUUGCUGCCAGGAUGAUGAUGUACUACCCGGGCAUUGUGACCUGCGACUCUGUCACCUACGAUGGCAGCAACCUACCAGCCUACUUUUUUAAGGAGCUUCCGAAGAAAGUUAUGAAAGGAGUUGCAGACCCUGGACCAGUGUAUCAGUGUUUGGGCCUCAAUGAGAAAGUGACGUGUUAGGGAGAUCGACUAUUUCAUGUCUACUAUGAAGGACUUUUUGAUGACGAACUGCAGCCGAGUUCUAAUGUAUGAAGGAUUACCAGGAUAUGGAAAAAGCCAGGUACUCAUGGAAAUCGAAUAUCUGGCCUCUCAGCAUGAGAACCACAGGGCUGUUGCUAUUGCACUGACUAAGAUCAGCUUCCAUCAAAAUUUUUAUACUAUCCAGAUACUCAUGGCUAACGUACUAGGUCUGGACACUUGUAAACAUUACAAAGAACGACAGACCAAUCUUCAAAAUAGAGUCAAGACGCUGUUGGAUGAGAAGUUCCACUGUCUUCUUAAUGACAUCUUCCAUGUUCAGUUCCCUGUUUCCCGGGAGAUGUCCAGGAUGAGCAAGAUAAGAAAGCAGAAGCAACUGGAAGCCCUGUUUAUGAAGAUCUUGGAGCAAACAGUGAGAGAAGAAAGGAUUAUUUUCAUCAUCGAUGAGGCCCAGUUUGUGGAUGGAACCUCUUGGGCCUUCAUAGAGAAGCUCAUCCGCUCUAUGCCCAUCUUCAUCGUUAUGUCCCUGGCUCCUUUCUCUGAAGUUCCCUGUGCAGCUGCCAAUGCCAUAAUGAAGAACCGGAACACCACCUACAUCACGCUUGGUACCAUGCAGCCUCAGGAAAUCCGGGACAAGGUCUGUGUUGACCUUAGUGUAAGCAGCAUCCCCAGAGAGCUCGACUCGUACCUGGUAGAGGGAAGCUGCGGGAUUCCGUAUUACUGUGAAGAACUGCUGAAAAACCUUGACCACCACAGAGUUCUCCUUUUUCAACAAGCAGAGACUGAGCAAAAGGCAAACGUAAACUGGAAUAACAUGUUCAAGCACUCUGUUAGGCCAACAGAUGACAUGCAACUUUUCACUUCCAUAUCUGAGGGACAGAAAGAAGUCUGUUACCUUGUGAGUGGUGUCAGACUGAAUAAUUUGUCACCUCCAGCAUCGCUAAAAGAGAUCUCUCUGGUCCAGCUGGACAGCAUGAGCCUUUCCCAUCAGAUGCUGGUGAGAUGCGCUGCCAUCAUUGGCCUAACCUUCACCACGGAGCUGCUGUUUGAGAUUCUCCCCUGCUGGAACAUGAAGAUGAUGAUCAAGGCCCUGGCCACCCUAGUGGAAUCAAAUGUUUUUGAUUGCUUCCGGAGUAGCAAAGAUCUUCAGCUAGCCUUAAAACAAAAUGUGCCCACGUUUGAGGUUCAUUAUCGCUCUUUGGCCCUGAAGCUCAAGGAAGGGUUAACUUACGGCGAAGAGGAGGAGCUCCGUGAGAUGGAAGGAGAGGUGGUUGAGUGCCAGAUCCUUCGUUUCUGCAGACCCAUAAUGCAGAAGACAGCCUACGAACUGUGGCUCAAGGACCAGAAGAAAGUCUUGCAUCUGAAAUGUGCCCGCUUUUUGGAAGAAAGUGCCCAUCGGUGCAACCACUGCAGAAACGUAGACUUCAUUCCCUACCACCAUUUCAUAGUGGACAUUCGGCUCAACACUUUGGAUAUGGACACUGUCAAGAGGAUAGUGACGUCCCAAGGAUUUAAAAUUGACGAAGAGGAAGUCAUCUUUUCUAAGUCAGAGCUCCCUAGGAAAUACAAGUUCCCCGAGAAUCUCAGCAUCACAGAAAUAAGGGAAAAAAUCUUGCAUUUCUUUGACAAUGUCAUCCUAAAGAUGAAGUCGUCUCCGAAUGACAUCAUCCCUCUGGAAUCCUGCCAGUGUAAGGAACUGCUCCAGAUUGUCAUCCUGCCUCUGGCCCAACAUUUCGUAGCCUUAGAAGAGAACAACAAAGCCUUGUACUACUUCCUAGAACUGGCAUCUGCCUACCUCAUCCUGGGAGACAACUAUAAUGCAUACAUGUAUUUGGGCGAGGGAGAAAGGCUGCUGAAAUCUCUGACGAAUGAAGAUUCUUGGAGUCAGACCUUUGAAUAUGCUACCUUUUAUAGUCUCAAGGCUGAGGUCUGUUUUAACAUGGGGCAGAUGGUUCUCGCCAAGAAGAUGCUGAGGAAGGCACUGAAGCUGCUCAACAGAAUGUUUCCCUGCAAUCUGCUCACCCUGACUUUCCAAUUGCACGUGGAGAAAAACAGACUCUCCCACUUCAUGAACCAGCAUACCCAGGAGGGCUCGGUGCCAGGGAAGAAACUGGCACAACUUUACCUGCAAGCUUCCUGCUUCUCCUUGCUGUGGAGGAUCUACAGUUUGAACUUCUUUUUCCACUACAAGUAUUAUGGUCAUCUGGCCGCGAUGAUGGAAAUGAACACUUCCCUGGAAACUCAAAAUGACUUCCAGAUCAUCAAGGCUUACCUGGACUUUUCCCUGUACCACCAUCUCGCUGGCUACCAGGGCGUGUGGUUCAAAUAUGAAAUCCUGGUCAUGGAGCAGCUCCUGAACCUCCCCCUGAAAGGCGAGGCCAUUGAGAUCAUGGCGUAUACAGCCGACACACUGGGCCAUAUCAAGUUCUUAAUGGGUCAUCUGGACUUGGCGAUUGAGUUAGGCUCUCGAGCCCACAGGAUGUGGUCACUUCUUCGGAAUCCCAACAAAUACCAGAUGGUUCUCUGCAGACUGAGUAAACCUCUUUUCUUGAAAAGCAGAUAUAAACAUUUGGUCCAGGUGCUGGGAUGGUUGUGGGACCUUUCUGUAACAGAAGAGGACAUCUUCAGCAAGGCAUUUUUCUAUUUCGUCUGCUUGGACAUCAUGCUUUAUUCUGGCUUCAUUUACAGAACAUUUGAAGAAUGCUUGGAAUUCAUACAUCACAACGAAGACAACAGAAUCCUCAAGUUCCAGAGCGGACUCCUCCUGGGACUUUACUCCUGCAUCGCUGUCUGGUAUGCCAGACUUCAAGAGUGGGACAACUUUAACAAAUUUUCCGACAGAGCUAAGAAUCUCGUGACACGAAGAACCCCGACAGUUCUUUACUACGAAGGGAUCUCAAGGUACAUGGAAGGGCAAGUCCUCCACCUGCAGAAGCAAAUAGAAGAACAGGCCGAGAACGCUCAGGACAGUGGGGUGGAGAUACUCAAGGCCUUGGAGACCCUUGUGGCUCAAAAUACCACUGGCCCUGUCUUCUACCCGCGGCUCUACCAUCUGAUGGCCUACGUCUGCAUACUAAUGGGAGACGGGCACAGCUGUGACUUCUUCCUGAACACAGCCUUGGAGCUUUCUGAGACACACGGGAAUUUGCUGGAGAAAUGUUGGCUAAGCAUGAGCAAGGAAUGGUGGUACUCAGCCUCCGAGUUAACAGGAGAUCAAUGGCUUCAGACAGUCUUGAGUCUUCCAUCAUGGGAUAAAAUUGUAUCAGGCAACGUAACCCUUCAGGAUGUUCAAAAGAACAAGUACCUGAUGAGAGUUAACAUUCUGGACAAUCCUUUCUAAUAAUUACGAGUGAGAACAAAGAUUGCAGUGAGAACCACUGUCUUCCCGUGAUCUGUUAUUGCCCUCUCUGCCCCGCCAGCAUGCCCAGGUUCCCACAGACCCUUCUGGACCAAACCUAGGAACAGAUGCCUGGAUUUCUUCCCAGUAAGUCAGUCAGGGCCAAUGCCUGGCUUGCUUUUAGCUGUGCACAGCUGCCUUUACCUUCCCUGGCUGUUUGCUUGACCUGUGGGGCUCGGCCCAUGCAAAAUCCAGUCAUGUCGAUAUCAGGGCCUGCACAAGGGAUUGAGCAGUGGCUUGCAGCCCCAGCAGAAGCAGAGUUCAUUAAGCAAUGGUUCACUUCCUCAGGGGGAGCCCUGGGCUGGAGCAGGAAAAUCUUCAAUAGCUCAGAGGGCAGCUGUGCAGGAAGGACUGGGGCUUCUUUAUGUCUCCUGGUGUGGGCUUUUCCAAUAUCUUGGUUACAUGCAGUUCUACAUACAACUUCAUAUGCUGUGCCUUUCAUUAGCAUGUUAACUCUACCCAGGGGUGUGUGUGUGUGUGUGUGUGUGUGUGUGUGUGUGUGUGAGCAGCAUAGUGGGCACAGGUCAUGUUCAGAUGUUCUGGCUUUGGCAGUAGCGGCAGGAAGGCUGGGUUUAGUAAUCACUAAACACCUCACUUGGAAGGUGUUCCAGCCCCUCAGU